AGCAGCCGCACAGCGCUGCUCUCAGCCCCGCUCCCUCAGUGCUUCCCGCUGCCUCAGCUCAUGCGGACCCUGCCGAGGCUCAUGGACUAACGGUGGCUCCGACUGAGCUGUAACGGACUCGGGGUUGGACUGCGUGACGCCGGCGGAGGACUAGACUAUGGCGGCCAAGGAGGACCUGUACAGCAAGAUUCUCCCCCGGAGGCUUCGCCAGAGCCGGUCGGGCUCGAUAAAAUCCAGCUCCAACCUGGACGUGCUGUUAACCAUGGGCUUCUCCAGACACAGGGCCCUGAAAUCUUUGGUGUCAACCGGAGGUCGAAGUGUACAAGCAGCAUGUGACUGGCUUUUCUCCCAUGUGGAUGACCCGUUCCUGGACGACCCCCUGCCCAGGGAGUUCGUUCUCUACCUGCGACCCAGCGGGCCGCUCCAGAACCAGCUCUCCCACUUCUGGCAGCAGAGCCGGAUUACCUGUGGCAAAAACAAGGCCCACAACAUUUUCCCACACAUCACUCUGUGUCAGUUCUUCAUGUGUGCUGACUCUAAAGUUGAAGCUCUCAGUGAGGCCCUGCAGACCACGGUGCAGCAGUGGAGGGGUCGAUUUCCCCGACCGCUGCCUCUAGAGCUCUACACAUCUUCCAGCUUCAUAGGGCUAUUUGUUGAGGAGCAGGUGGCAGAUGUUCUCAGACAGUUUGCAGCUGACUUUGCCACAGAGGCUGCCAGGAAAACAGAGGUCAAAGUGGAGCCUCACAAGAAGCAACUCCAUCUCACGCUGGCAUACAACUUCCUAUCUGAUCACCUCUCCUCACUGGAGAAGCUGGCCAAGGGCAUCGAGGUGAAGCUUGGCUGUGACUGGCUGGCUGUCCUGUUUUCCCGGGACAUUCGUUUUGCUAACCAUGAGACGUUCAAGGUUAUGUACCCCUACAUGCCACAGAAUGACGAUGAACUGGAGCUUGCUCCUGGGGAUUAUAUAUUCACGUCAUCCAUGGAUCAGACCAGCACCAGCGAGGGCUGGGUGUAUGGGACGUCCCUGGCCACCGGGCUGUCUGGACUCCUGCCAGAGAACUACGUCAGCCUGGCAGAUGAGUCUGACACCUGGGUAUUUCAUGGAUCCCAUUCCUUCUUCAGCUGUGGACCCAGUGAAAAAAGCGCUAAAGAGAAAGGAAUGUUUGAUGGACUGCUGGACAGCCGACGUCCUGACAGCACCAGUCCCGGAGACAUGCCUACACUCAGUGUGAUCUGCCACCCUAUGCAGCAGGUUCUGCGGUUCAGUGGGAGCUACACUCAGCAGCCCAAACGGACUCUUUUUGUGUGCCGCCAUGGUGAGAGGAUGGAUGUGGUCUUUGGUAAACACUGGCUUACUCUUUGCUCAGACAGUAAAGGUAGAUAUGUACGUUCCAACCUUAACAUGCCUCCUAGUCUGCCUCUGUGGGGAGGACAGAGAGACUAUGACAUGGACGCUCCCAUCACUGUGUUUGGAUCCACUCAGGCUCGAUUAGUGGGUGAGGCUCUGUUAGAAAGUAACACAAUGAUAGACUUUGUUUACUGCUCUCCAUCCCUGCGAUGUGUUCAGACUGCACAGAACAUCCUGAAAGGGUUGCAGCAGGAUGGGAAGCUGAAGGUGCGGGUGGAGCCAGGCCUUUUUGAAUGGACAAAAUGGGUGUCAGGGAACUCGCUACCAGCGUGGAUCCCCCCCACUGACCUCGCUGCAGCCAACUUCAGUGUAGACACAGCUUACAGACCUCUGAUCCCAGCCAGCAAGCUGACCGUGUCCGAGUCCUACGAGAACUACAUGAGUCGUAGCUACCAAGUGACCAAAGAUAUCCUGUCAGACUGCAAAAACACUGGAAACAACGUGCUGAUUGUAGCCCACGCAGCUUCCUUGGAGGCCUGCACACGUCAGCUGCAGGGCCGCAGCGCUCAAAACGCCAAGGACUUCAUCCAAGUUGUACGAAAGAUUCCCUACUUGGGCUUCUGUGCCAGUGAAGAACAGGGAGAAACAGGAAUGUGGCAGUUAGUGGACCCUCCUAUCCUGCCUCUAACUCAUGGACCCAACCACUCCUUUGACUGGAAGGAGACACUUCUGCAAGAAUGACAUCUGCCCGCUCCAAGCCCAUCACAAUGCUCUCUCUGCACUCCCACAGACUGCAGCGUCGCAAUUCAUAGCUGGGACCCCUACACCCAAUUUUUUUCUUUUCAGCUUGUAUAUCGGCUGGUGAUUCUGCCAGCAGAGAAACAGUGUUUCCUGUCUGUACAUGAGAAGCAAAGUAACAGCAGUGGACUGGAUUACAUCUUCAGGAAUCAGCAAAUGUUCACCUUCAAAUGGCAUUCUGGGAAGACUUAGAAAGAAGUCUGUUUGAAAGUAUCAAUAGGUUUCACCAUUCUGUGUGGGAGAUCUGAUGUCAGCAAAAUCUCUGAAACUUGGUCAAAUUAACAUUACAACCAUGUUAUGUACUACAUCCCAUGUGCAUUUAUGCUAAAGCAUGUUAGCAGGCUAAUAUGCUAAUUUAAUGUCGAAGGAUAAACAUAGGUUUUUCAUAGAUUGAAAGAUAAAGCAGAACAUAUGCAUAUGUACCACCAAAAAUCUAUUGUCUCCACAUGUGUGUGUGUGUGUGUUGAAAUGCACACAUUUUGUUUUGUUUCGUGUCCUGGGAGCUUUGGCAAAUGAAGACGUGUCUGGUUGCUUGCAGUGUCAGGCCAGAUCUCCUCUACAAAACGGGGAAGAUUCCUCCUGUUGCAUAACUGAUGACUUAAUGACAUGACAGACAGGUUCAAGCAACAAAGUGGACAUGCCGCAACAGUUAAAAGAAAUUAGAAUGUAUCUUUUCCUGUUCUGUGUUGUGGCAGUAGGUCCAGUUAUGCAAAACACCAAGGUCGACAUUUCCUCAACUUCCUUAACUUCAUCUGCGUAGAGUUUUGUUUUGGACUUUGAUUCUGUAAACAUCUGUUAAGAGAUAAAAUAUAAGGAGACUGAGGAACCCUUCAGAUGAUGGUGUAAGCAGCGGGGCUUUCCGACACAGAUCCAAGAAAACUGUUUGAACUGUAAGCUUGCAGAGCUUAAAUGAGUUCAUCAGUGACUGCACUGAUGCUGCUGGCACAGUGCGAUUCUUCAAGAUCUCUCUAUGUUGGGUUUUCAGGAGGUAAUAGAACCUUCUGCAACGUGUUUAGUGUAUUUUAAAGUAAAACACAAUUUGACAGCACAUGUUGUACUUAGUGAUAAUCAUCCAGUAGCAUCUUUAUUCUGGGCCAGCAGCAAAUAUUGUGUUAGCGACUGGAGUAGCUGUAAUCAUAUAUAAAGAAAGGUCUUCCGGU